CUUCUUGGAAAGAUGAAAUUUUUCGCGGCUCUAUUCUUUGUUAUUGCUUUAAUAGCCGUCCUAGUUCAAGGACAACCGGAGGGUCCAGGAGCAUCUCCACCACCACCACCACCUCCACCAUCAAACUCAUCAGCCUCCCCACCACCCCCACCAUCGGACGCAUCAUCCUCACCACCACCCCCACCAUCGGACUCAUCAUCCUCACCACCACCUCCACCUCCACCCUCAGCCUAAACUGUGGCUCCUUCUAGCAACUCAACAACAGCUAUGUAAAGGGUGGCUUUAACACUUUUGAUGGAUGUAUGAACUAUUAUGGGA